AUGCGCAUACCCUUUUUUCGAAUAUGGUAUUCGACUACCUACUCUAUCGUCUUCCUCCUGCUGGUCAUCCUCCUGGCCGCAACUCCCGGCGAUCUCAUCUACCAAGCUGUGCGCAAUCGCGGAUACCCGAAUGCCUUCGCCGUCGGCGCCGUCUACGUCUUGACCUUGCUGAUUACCGGCUGCGUCUACGCCACCCGCCUCUACACGAAUCGCACCGCUCUCCUCGGCAUCCCCAAGUCCUACAUACCCAUCGAGCAGGGCGAGGUCGGCAAGCAUGUCCGGCGCAUGAUCAUGAAGGGCUUCGAGCGCAGCGCGCUGAUAGCAUGGGAUUCGCGGCCUCGGGACCUGCGGCCUGAGCUGCACGAGGAGCGUGCAGGGAGCACCACGCCGUCCCACGAGCGCAGUCACAGGAAGAAGGACCGCCCGCGUGACGCUACGGCCAUCCCCGUCGACCCCGACUCGCCUCCUUGGGGACACAUUUCGCACCCGGGAUGGGCGUCGCCUGCCAUGGAUGGCGUGCCCACUCUGCAGUUCUGCAACAUCAUUGCCGAAUUGCCCAAUCUUAUCGAGGCGAAAGCCGUGUCUUUGGCUCCUGCGGAUCCCGCCUUCGCAUUCCACAUGUCACUGGAUGGUGUCAUCGUCAUGCCGGAUGCGCGCAUUGUCGCCUUGCUGCAACGACCUCCCAACAUGGGCCUGCGCGACUACCUGGGCCAUCUCUCAACCUUCGGUCUCAUCAACCCGCCAGAACUAGGGACCGACUUCCUCAAACGCUACGAACACGCGCGCUUCUCCACACAGGCCAUUUCGGAAGUGCAGUUUCAGGAACUAAUGGAAAUGUUUGCCCAAAUCCUGACCGGAAUGACCGACCUCGCCCCCGACCUCGUUGCGGAGCUUCAGCGCGAAGCGUACAGUUCAAGCUCCGACACUGCGAGCCUUGCGCCGUCCCAGAUAUCUUCAUUGUCCAUGGGUUCCACCGGAUCGGCCAUCCACUACAAGACGCCGCGCACCGCGCCGUAUGCGGAAUCCGUGUACACGCGCAGCACAACCUCCACGGCAGACCUCAGCGAAAGCAACGGUACUCUGCGCACUGCGCCCACCCACUUCUACGACCAUAGUUCUGAACAUGCCACUGUACCGCGAACUCCCUCGAUUGCGUCUAGAAUCUCGUCGAUGCAAACACCAGUGCCACGGAGAGCUGCUACAUCCGUUACCCCACCGUCGACAUCGAGUUCAUCAACUGCGUCACUAAGAUCGGCCAGGAGCGUCAUCAGAUUGACGCCUAAUCCAAGCCCUGGACAGCUUCCCUACUAUUUCGACAUUCAGAAUGGAUGA